AUGGCUUAUGACGAAGAGCAUCGUACGGAAAGAAGUCCAGGAAUAAGGAUACAAGGUCCACCUGGAAGACCAUUCAAACUUACAAUAGAAAUUCCUCUAAUGCUGUGUAUGUUGGGCUGGUCAAUGACUGGUUCAGCUAUAAGUAAUAUAAUUUUCUUUCGAACAUGUGUGCACUCUUUAAACCACACUGCAGAAGAAUGUAAAGGUUUCUUAUCUCCAAUAAGAUCCAAUUCUACAAAAUUAUUAGAAGAAAGUGUGCAAAAAUAUGCUACAUUUGUGUUAACUGUGAAAAUAGUUAUGGAGUCUAUAUGCCCUGCUGUGCUUUCAAUGUUUCUUGGAGUGUGGUCGGAUACAUAUGGUAGAAAACCUUUGAUUGUGUGGCCAAUGUUAGGUAUGACACUGACAUCAAUGCUGGUUGUCAUUUAUGGCAUGGUAGACUUGAACCCUUGGUUGUACAUCUUAACCAUUGUACCGUUUUCUGUAACUGGUGGUUACGUAGUUUUAUUUACUGGUGCAUAUUGUUAUGUGAGUGACAUAGCUACAAAUGAUAGCACAUCAUUUAGGAUGACUUUAGUUGAUGCAACAUUAUCAGUAGGAAAUGUUAUAGGAUCAUUAUUGAGUACAUAUUUAAUUUUACAUAUUGGUAAUGUCAAUUUGUUGCUGCUGGUGGCUUGCAUUAAUGUAAUGGCAUAUACAUUUACUAAUAUUUUCCUAGAGGAAUCUUUGACAGGCGCUCUACAGGGCGGCUUUAGCAAAAUUCUAGACUGGUUAUACGUAAAAGAAAUGGCACAUGAAUGCUUCAAGACGCGUCCCAAUCACGGGAAAGCUCAAAUAAUAUUACUCAUUGUAGUUAGAACUCUGUCAGUAUUCCUUGUAUUUGGUACAUUAGGUAUCGAGUAUCAGUAUGUCAGAGAGAAAUUGCACUGGGCUUUGCAAGAAUUUAAUACAUACACUGCAGUGAGCACUGCUGUUAUUUUUGUAGGCAGCUUUCUGGGUGUUACAGUGAUACAGAAACUACUGCCAGUCAGUGAUUUAAUGUUGACUACUGUAGCAUUUUUGUCCGCCAUAGCUGAAUUUAUUAUUAAAGCAUUUGCUGUGACAACAUGGCAGAUGUAUUUCAGUGUUAUUAUAUCAAUAUUCAAGGGUUUAUCGGGACCUUUAAUUAAAUCAUACUUGUCAAAAAUGUUGCCAGUCGAGGACAUAGCAAAGGUUUUCGCAAUGAUGUGUGCCAUAGAGGGUUUGUCUCCCUUGAUAGCUCCGGUUGUAUGCAGUUCAGUGUACGUUGCUACGCUGACGACGUUCCCAGGGACAAUAUACUUAAUAGGCUGUGGGCUUACAAUCAUUUGCGUCGUGCUGCUUGGGUUUGUGCAGUACUAUUCCUGGAAUGCUUCAACAACACCUUACUGCGUGCUAGAAGAAGAAACAUAA